AUGGCCGCUGAGGCCGCGACGGAGGGCUGGGAGGCGGGGUGCGCGGCCGUGCGCUUCCUGGACUGGAAUGCAGCGCGAGGGCCAGUGAGGGCAGCGUCUUCGGAACCCCCCCCGCCCUCCGUGGCACCGCCCAUGGGCCCCGCCGACGAGCGCUUCGAGGUCAUCCUGGGGACAGACAUCCUGUACGAGGGCUGGAUGGCAGCCAGCGUGGCGGCCGUGCUGGAGGAGCGGCUGGCGGAGGGCGGCGGCGCCCUCAUCUGCUGCGCCGUCCGGGAGCAGGCGAUCUUCACGGAGUUUGAAGCAGAGGUGGCGUCCAGGGCCAUGCGCCUCACCUCACACCCGGCCCAGCCCCAGCCCCAAGACAUGGGGGUGAAGGGACGGGAGUGGGACUACGAGGGGGGUUUCAGGCUCAUGAUAAUUGACCGGCCUGGGUCGCCAUGGGCCGGGGCGGAGCAGCUCAGGCUGGAGUCGUGA